CUGUGUGCUAGGCGCUUAGUAAGUGGGCGGUUUUGUUUUGAUAUUGAAAUGUUUUUGUCACCCACAACAGAAGUUGUAUGGAACAUACACUGUUACGUGUAUAAAAUAUCAGAGACGCUGCGACAAUUACUAGAGAAAGGUUGAGAAUCUCAAGUGCAAAAGAAGGGGGGGCUUAAUGCAUCCUCGUACUGGAGUGUUUGCCGCAAAAGUGCUGCCUAAUUCCGUAACUUAUCAGCAGAUGACGUCAUAGGAUAUUGCUGUAUCAUUUCCGUUAUCAGUUGCCUUGAAAUGAAUUGCAGCUAAUUGACCUAUAAGUACGGAGUGGUGAGACUGCCUUAGUCCAGUAGUGGUGACUGUCUCGGAGAACCCACGCCAGGUCCUGACGUAGGGAAGUAAAAAUGAGUGUGUAUCAGGCAGUGCAACCGGAGUACACGACGUCUGACAGUAGUGAUGCGGACAGAAACGUUACGUUGGACUACUCGAGGCUGUUACUCGAUUCGGACACACUGAUGUACAACUUGGAAGAGUAUGCAGCGAAGGACAAAAAAGCUACUGAGGACGUAGACACGUUAUUGCUGUACAACAAUAACUUGGAUACACUGCCGGCAAGCGUUUCGAAGUUCACAAAUCUAAAAAUGCUUGAUAUCAGUUACAAUAAUAUAACCCACCUUCCAGAAGCAUUAACGGAAUGCAGACUCUCCUCCCUCAUAGCAAGGAAUAAUAUGUUGGAAAAUGACUCCUUCCCUAAAUCGUUUGGUGCACUUACCAGUUUGAAAGAACUGAAUUUAAGUGGUAAUAGUCUAACGUCAUUCCCACAGCAAAUUUUGGAACUUACAGCACUGAAGUACUUGUACCUUGGUUCUAACAGCAUCACCAACAUCCCAAAAGACAUCUGGAAAUUACAGAGUUUGCAGUACUUGUACAUGGGUGGCAAUAAGCUUCAAGAAGUACCUGCAUCUGUUGGUAAACUCAAAAACCUUCAGGCUUUGGUGCUGUGUGAUAACUUGUUGGAAAGUCUGCCAGCAGCUAUAGCAAAUCUUAAGUACCUGAAGUCACUUCUGCUACAUAAGAACCGUUUAACAGUUCUUCCACCAGAAAUUGUGGGUCUAAACAGCCUUGCAGAAUUGAGUCUCAGGGACAACCCACUUGUGGUGAGGUUUGCCACGAACAUGUCUCUGGACCCUCCAACACUGUUGGAGCUGGCAGCGCGCACAGUGAAGCUUGCUAACAUCACAUACUCUCCGUAUGACCUCCCAAGAACUCUUGUAUAUUACCUGGACAGUGCACACCACUGUGUCAAUCCUCACUGCAAAGGAGUGUAUUUCGACAGCCGAGUGGAACACGUGAAAUUUGUCGACUUCUGUGGCAAAUACAGGAUACCGCUGAUGCAAUAUCUAUGCUCUUCAACGUUGUAUCAGCGAAUCGUCCCCUUCGUCAGCAAGCGAGUCUUCGGAAGAGGAAGCGUGUCAUAUGGUGAAGAGAGUAUUGCUUGGCUGAUUGUUGACUCGCUGCAAAGUUUUGCCGUUAUAGGCUUAUUGCUGCUGAUGUUGGCAAGUCAUUGGCAUUAUUUUUGGUGUAAAGAAUAGGGUGUGUGUUGUGCAGUGAAUGUCAAUAUAAGCAAAGUUUUUCUUUCUGUUAGUUGACUUCCUGCCCUUCGCAAUGUUCCAUAUGCCAUUCUACGCAGUCCAAAGUGUGUGUCUGAUAAGUAACUUCGGCAUUUUAUCGGCUGAAUACUAGACACACAGUGGGAUAUCAGAAGCAUAUCUAAGGGAAAAGAAUGUUAUGAUGUAUUACAAAAUCUCUGAAAGCCUGUCAUCUAUGGUGCGUGCCCCGUGAAACAUUCAGUGUAAUGGAAUUAGCAUUUCUCUGAUUGUAACAGUGGGAGGUGAAGCAGUGAUGCACCGAUGGAGGAGUUAGUGUUUCUGUAGUGAACAAAGGAAGAAGAGGACUGAAGCUUGUGAGAGACUAAGAGGAAGAGGGGGGGGGGGGGGGGGGGGGAGAGAGAGAGAGAGAGAGAGAGGAGAGAGAGAGAGAGAGAGAGAGAUACUUUUGCAAUUGGGCAACUUAAUGUCUUGAUUGUGCUGGAAUUAUGUUUGUUGCUGCAAGAUGUGCCUUUUAUAAAGGCGCACUUGACAGAUAUGUGAAUGGUUUCUGAUGCCUUGGAAAUUGUCUCCAUUAUAAAUAGAUUUUUUUACUUGUCGUUGGAAUUGGUGGAAAUUAAAAAUUUCAUACUCUGCAGCAAACUGAUUUGAAAAGUAAAUUUUCAAAUUUUUAAACUUGAUGUGUAUCACAUUUAUUAACAUGUAACUGUUCAAAGAGCUGCACUUUGUGGAAUUCAGUUUUUUUUUUCCAUUGCAACUGUACUGCCAGACAGAAUGACACCUUCUUUACCUGAAAACUGACUGUGUUUGGCUCCUACCAUUUUACAUAAAAUAGCAGAUGUUGAAAGUGAGAUGUAUCAGUGUAUUGCAUUCUGUUUAGAAACUUCAUUUUAUUGCUUCAGUGAAAUAGAUGUCAUGUUUGUUUCCAAACUGAUCUACUAAGAUACUGUCACAAAGUAGGAAAGUAGACACUGUUGUCGUUUGUAAAAUACCGUCACUAUGCACCUUUUAGAGAAUUUUUCACACUGACAUCAUAGUCUCUUUUCAGAAACAAAGUAUUGUAAAUCAGUGUGGAAAAUAGAAUUAUUAGAAUAUUUUGUUUUAAAUAGGAACACAGACUUCUUGAACUUUGAAAGUAUCGGAGACACAGGAAUCAUUGUAUUAUAUUCUCAUACUGCCUGAUACAUUUUGCUUUCCCCUGGAUUAUGGGACCAUUUUAAUUAUGAAGUAAUUUUCUUGCUAUAAUAGGGACAGUCUGACUUGCUGCAGAAAUAUAAUUGACCAUUAUUUGGUAAGAUUGACUGGAUUACUUUUAUUACUACUCUGUCAAUAGAGGAAAAAAGUAGUCAUUUAAUGAAAUGUGUGAAAUACAAGCCUUUGUAUAAUGAUCUGAUAACUAAUUCUGAUUGUGGUUGUGUGUACAGUAGCUGGACUUACUGUGUGAAUUUUGUAUGAUAUUUGUAGUUUUAUAAAAUUUCAUAAGAAUUGAGAUAUAAAAUGCAAUAAAGUUUUGUAAAUUAUUUCAGAUUCUAGUA